AAGCAAACGGCUUGGGAAUCUUGCUGUAUCACUGCUCUCAGCCUGGCGCCCUGAUCCUCAGUGGCAUUGCCGGAGCUCAGGCUUCCAGCGGAAACCACUGGGGGCUCUGCUCCCGCCCCCGCGCCCCUUCCCGGCGCUGUCGCCGCUCCGUUGUCCCGGCGGGUGCGAGGGGCGCGGUGGCAGCGAGUCCCGGUGUGCUGCCAGCCUGCUCCGUGCCCGGCCGAGCUCACGGGCACCAUCCCAGCGCCGCCCGAGCCCGCUGGCAGACGCGGCGCGUCCCCGGCGGAGAAGGAGCGAGGCCGUUCCCUGCGCAUCCCCGCAGCAUCAUGACCCUUCAGGCUGACUUUGAUGGUGCUGCAGAAGAUGUAAAGAAAUUAAAAACACGACCAACUGAUGAAGAACUGAAGGAACUAUAUGGAUUCUACAAACAGGCUACUGUUGGAGAUAUUAAUAUUGAAUGUCCAGGAAUGCUAGAUUUGAAAGGCAAAGCCAAAUGGGAGGCUUGGAACCUGAAAAAAGGUUUAUCAAAGGAGGAUGCCAUGAAUGCCUAUAUCUCUAAAGCAAGAGCAAUGGUAGAAAAAUAUGGGAUCUAGAAUAUUCAAAAUAAUUCCCACUAAUACUUAACCCUUCAGUAGCUAAUGAACUAACUCUGUUGAGAAAAAUGCAAUACUAACUCCUUAUUGUGAGGUCUGACACUAAUAUCUUUUAAGCAUAAGCUGUUUAACUGUAAAGGGUAUUUACAUAUACAAUCUAUUUUUAGCUUGUAUAUUAAUCUAAAUAAAUUUGAACUGAAUAAAUGAA